UCGACGGAGGGCCCUGCUCGGCGGUGCGGAGUGCGACUGUCUCUGCCGGCAGCGGGGCGGUUGUCGCCGGUGCUGGGGGAGGAGGAGGCGGCGGCGGCGGCGGCCAUGGCGGCGGAGCAGCAGUUCUACCCGCGGAGCUCCAUCGAAGAUGACUUCAACUAUGGCAGCAACGUGGCCUCGGCCAGCGUCCAUAUCCGCAUGGCUUUUCUACGCAAAGUCUACAGCAUUCUUUCCAUUCAAGUUCUUUUGACCACAGUCACAUCUGCAAUUUUUCUGUACUCUACUGGAGUGCAGGCAUUCGUUCAUGAAAGGCCUGCCUUGCUUUUGAUAUCUGCAUUUGGAUCUUUGGCUAUAAUCGUGGCACUGACCCUCUACAGACAUCAGCAUCCUGUUAACUUAUACCUGCUUUUUGGAUUUACCCUACUGGAAGCACUGACAGUUGCCAUUACAGUGAGUUUCUAUGAUGUGUCCAUCGUGUUGCAAGCCUUUAUUCUUACUACUGCUGUAUUUCUUGGACUGACCGCAUAUACCUUGCAGUCAAAAAGAGACUUCAGCAAAUUUGGAGCAGGCCUCUUCGCUUGUUUGUGGAUUUUAAUCUUCUCGGGUUUCUUGAGGCUGUUUUUCUAUAGUGAGACGAUGGAGUUGGUGUUUGCUGCUGCUGGAGCUCUUCUGUUCUGUGGAUUUAUUAUUUAUGACACGCAUUUGCUCAUGCACAAAUUAUCCCCUGAAGAAUAUAUAUUGGCUGCAAUCAAUCUCUACUUGGACAUCAUCAAUCUGUUCUUACACCUGCUGCGUUUACUGGAGGCAUUUAAUAAAAAAUAGUCAAAAGCGGUGUUGUUUGACUAUCGCGUAUAUAAAGUUAAGCGUUUGAAUGAUCUGCAGACUAUGUAGUUCUGUCUUCUGGAGACUGAAUCUUUAUUACUUUUUCAUUCCAUGAAUACUGAUCCCUUCUUGGGGGAAAAAAAAAAAAAAGGCUUUUUUAUGUAGCUAAGGUUCUUCUCUAGAAUAUAUAUUUUAUGUAGUUAACAUGCUGUCAUCAUUUCAGUCACUUUUUUUAAUCAGUUAAUUUCCACUUGACAUAAUUCAUGAUUAAAAUGUUUGCCAACUUCUGAUUGCUCCAGAGUGAGCCUCUCUCUCUGCUAUUCUGUAGCUGCUGGAAAUGUUUCCUUUGGGAUUGUAAGUGUGUGUACCGCAUAAGGGUAGCCUGAGCUGAUCAUUGUGCGAUGUUUUACUGAGCUGAAUUUUUUUUCUAGUUUUUGUUUGGCAAAAUGGAAUGCUGUCUCUAACAGGGAUGCUCUGUUCUUGUGGAGGGCUGUCAGAUUGUUAUGUAAACCGGGAGGGCGUUAAAACAAUUAAAGGGAGUGUUCUUUA